AUGAUCGACAUCUCGGCCGACGACUUGGGGCAAUUCGAGCGAUGCUGGGCGCGCUCCAUCUUUUACGACCACAGUGCAAACUGCCGCAAUCCUACGAAAGGCCCCAGACUUGACCACCUACCCGGAAAGGCUCCGUCCGCGCGCGUACUUUAUCCAGCGCAUCUUCCCGACAGUUCUUUCCUCGCGCGCCUGCAAUGCAAGCAGCCCUCGACAAUCGAGCGGAUUCUGAGCCUUCCAGACUACAACCAUAUCAUCGGUGGCCUUGAAAGGGACUUUACAAGUCGAUGGGUUUCUCACUACCGCCUGCGCAAGAACUUUCACAGGCUCACCAGCCUCUUCGUGAUCAAGGAGGCAUUCGAAGGACACGGCAUGGACUUCUGGACAGAUGAUUUGGACUGCGAUGAGACCAAGUGGUACUUCAAGGGCGACCGACACUUGAAGCGGUCCUUGCUGGCGCGGACUGUCUUCUCGUUGCGCCUCAUAUCUGUGGGCUCCGAAGUGCCUUUCGCGCAGACCCCGUUCUCACAACUGUACAGGGGAAUCUAUGACAGGGAUUAUCGGCAAAGGGCUAGAACGCAUCUCCGUUACAGGGACGGCCCCAGGCGACCUGACGUCCUGCUCGUCGCGAGAAGUCGCUUGCAGUCGACAUCUGUCAUUGCCGAGUGUCCAGUGGAGAUGGCCUCCUGGCCGUUCCGCCAGCCAUGCGAUUUCUUUCGGGUGUACGACGAGGAGCUUUGGAACAGUAUGACCACCCAGGAGAGGAUUGAUGCCUGUGAGCUGGUGCUGCGCGAUAGAGUCGACAAGCGUGUGCAUAAUGAAGCCAGGAGGCGGUGGCUGCAGCUGGGCGAAACGCCCGAGGGACUGUUCCAAAGCGUGAAGCCCGAGGAAGCGGAGCGGGUAGUCUAUGAGGCCGGAUUGCCUCAUCUUCGACAGGCCGGGCGGAAAGCUUUCGCGGCUGUCGUCGCCCAUCUGCUCAAUCUUUUCGAGAUGUGCGGAUCCGUCUAUGGCUGCAUUGUCAUCGAUCGCAGGUUCGCGCGAAUGUACGUGCUCUCUUCUGGUCGUAUUGCUGUGGAGUUCUCGACUGCUGGUGAACUCGUUGAUCUGGGCACCCCAGUGCAAGGCCGUGGAGGGCUGCCGUACUCGCGGAUCAUGCACAUGGACUUGCAUGCCGCGCUCCCUCUGCGAUUCACGGGCGACGAGCUAUCGCCUGGGCAGCCGCGCACUUUUUGGUUCGACAAACUCGGCGAUCAGGUCACGAGUUGCGAUGUUGAGGAUGAGGAGGAUGCGACGCCCAGCGAGAAGUUUGAUAGGUGCCAAACGUCCGCGGACCUCGGGUGCAUUCAGACAUACAUCGACUUCAUGGCAGCCGGUGUCGUUCGCCUGGGCGCCGUGAACGCCCAUGUUCCCAUCUCUGAGAAGCUCCCGGCUCCCGUUCAAGACUCCCUCGACGCCGACAUUCUCGCCUGUAUCGUGCAGAAGGGCCUACCGAUGGAGCUGGCUAUCAAAAUCCGCGAGGAGGCUCGACGCCCGUACAAUCUGUCGGCAUACCUCGACUUCUCGGCUGAGGAACAGCAGGGCCGGCCGGAAAGUAAAGGCCUCUGGCGCCGUCUCGUGAAGCAUUGGAGGGACGGUCAUGAUCCUCGCUGGGACUACUACCCAGAGAACACCUCCAGCGAAGGUGGAGCAUCUACUGCCGGAGAGGAUCAAUCUGAUGGAUCCGAAGCUGCCUCCGACUUCGAUAGAAACAUGACUCCCUCCGGCGAUGCUGGCGACAACGUCGACGAUGUCGUUGAUGAGCGCGGCGGUGGUGCACUUGAAGCUGACAGGACUGGCUCAGAGGCAGACGACGAAAUUGAGUCCGACCGUGAAGAGUCUGACGACGGCUCCUCGGAUUCUCGCUCCCUCUACAGUGAGAGAACCCGGCAGUGGCUGCUCGAGACGGGCAGCGAUGCGGACAACACCGUGGCCCAUGAGACGGAUUGGCGGACCUUCGAUCCUUGGGACGAUACCGAUGGCGACGUUCUUGGGUACUCAUCCUGGAGUGCUGAGAAUGAUUGGUUCGAGGCUAAUCAGAACCUGGAGAACGAUACGUGCUUCGUGCUCUCCAUCGCUGAGCGGGUGCUGCAGGAACUGUGCCACAUCGUGCCCGUUACGAAGGAGGAGAUGGACGAGCUUGUGCAGACGCAGUACGCACUCGACUUGGAGCGGUACAAGUAG